UGCAUAUGCACUCCAUCACGUGAACGAGCGCUGUAAUUUGCGCGGCGUAACUACUGACAGAAGUCCAAGCCCGGGGCAAGACGCGUCUAGCAUGAGACAUUAGCGUGUGCAGACUUGCCUUCACUCGAUGACCUUUUUCUUCGGUUUCAUCUCCAUAUUCUCCGUGCAGCAUUUUGAAAUCAUCCUAUCGAACAUGAAGCUGUCUGAGCCUUUUCUCCUCCAGCUAUCGCCAGAGCUUCGCGUCUUAGUUCUUGGAUAUCUUUUUGACGAUCCAAGUCAUUGUUCCUUCGAACAUCCUAUCAGAAAAGUUUGCAAGUCUCUACACGAUGAAGCUACAUUGGAGCUCUUUGGUAGGAAGCAUGUCAAUUUAUGGCUCUCUCGAGAUGUGGCAUCACACAUCAGUAUAUGGCCGCCGUCGCCUGGGUCGUCGUCUUUCGCGUUCAUUCUACUCCUUUCUCUUUGGCACCCUCAUGAAAUUCUAGAAUCAUCUUGGGCGUCAUUUUGCACUUCUCACCUUGCACCGUUUCUAAGCCACGCCGAAGAGACGACAGUCGUCUACUGGAAGGAGCACAGCUUUGACGUCCGCAUGGAGCAGCGUCGGAACAAAAGGCCACGACUGCUGAGUAGCAAGAUGUUGGGGGUGACCUGGAAAGACGAGCAGACCUUGAGGAGCAAAGAGUCGUUUCAACACGAUCUCACAGCUCUUGCGCAUGCUCCAGACCUCGUCUGCACUGCAGGGCUCGGAAAAGGCUUGCCUAUUUUUCCAACUCGUGGGCUUGCGCUUGAGAAUUGGAUUACGAGGAUCGAGAGUACUAGGAGGUUAAUUAUGGACGGUCGGAUCACCUCGUAAUCAACGAUCUCUUGACUGAUCAAGUCACCUAGCGGAUGAGUACGUUCCAAUUAGUUCCCAUCGCUGAUUAAGAAGCACCGAGACUGAGGUCCCGCCUUCUGAUUGUGAUGGAGUCAAAGGCCCUUAUUCUGGCAUAUCAAUCUUAGGGCCGAUCGCUACUUCUUCGCGGUCGAUUAAGCCUGUCAGACCCCCUCUGUAUGCUCUUACACCAUCUCUAGAGUCUAGCCUACAGCUUCUCGCUAUCUCAAAUCGGAUGACGACGAUACCU